UUCGAUGUUAAAUAAGCAUAGGUUGGGUCAAAACAUAAUCGACAUUAUAACAAACUGGAUAGCAUUUGUUUGGAUUGUUACUAACUUUAAGCUAAUACUCAGUCUUGUAUUGUGAUUGUGAAUCAUUAUUUAUUUUGGAUAUUUGGAUAACGUUUAAGUUAAUCUUAUCUCUAAAUCAUUAUUCUUUUUUUUCAUAUAUAUAUAUAUAUAUACACACACCAUCGUAUCACUUCAUCAAAAGCUGAACUUGGUGAGAUCUAUGGCUUCAAAGGCGGUGAUUGUGUUUUUGUUUCUUGUUUCAUGUUUUUUUUCUGUGUCUUUUGCUGAUGAGGUUAAAGUCACGAUUAAAUCGGUGACAACGAUAGCCAAAACCGAUCCAAAUUUUAUUUGCGCAACCUUAGACUGGUGGCCUAGUGAUAAGUGUGACUACAAUCAAUGUCCAUGGGGCAAGGCCGGCCUUCUCAAUCUGGAUUUGGGAAACAAGAUUCUUUUCAAUGCUGUCAAGGCAUUUGGUCCAAUGAGAAUCAGAAUUGGAGGUUCAUUGCAAGAUCAGCUCACCUACAAUGUUGGACCAGCUGCAGGUGAAUGCCCACAAUUCAAAAAAAAGGACGAUGGUUUGUUCAAAUUUACUAAUGGUUGCCUCGAGAUGAAAAGAUGGGAUCAAAUCAUGGACUUUCUCAACAAAACCGGAGCUAAGCUCACAUUUGGUUUGAAUGCUCUAAUGGGGAAGACAAAGAACCAAGACGAUAAAUCUUCGAACCCUGUUUAUGACGGUGACUGGGAAUCGCUAAACGCCCGUGAUUUUAUGGUUUACAAUCUCAAAAAAGAAUACGACAUUGACUCGUAUGAACUUGGAAAUGAGCUAUGUGGAGAAGGUGUUUCUGCAAGAAUUGAAGCUGAGCAGUAUGGGAAAGAUUUUCUUAUGUUCAGAAAAAUUGUGGACGAAUUGUACCCAAAUGCUAGCACUCGGCCUAUAAUCUUGGGUCCGGCUGGCUUCUACGAGGAGAAAUGGUUCAAUAAAUUCCUUGAGGUUACAGGACCCGACGUUGUUGAUGGAGUAACGCACCAUAUCUACAAUCUUGGUUCAGGUGAUGAUGCGGACCUUAUCAACAAGAUCCAAGAUCCUUUUUUCCUCAGCCAGAUAGCUCAAACAUACAAAGAUGUUGCAAACAGUGUCAAAUUAUUUGCCCCAUGGUCAGGGGCAUGGGUUGGGGAAGCCGGAGGAGCUUAUAACAGCGGUGGCAAAGAUGUGUCACACACCUUUGCUGAUGGUUUCUGGUAUUUGGAUCAAUUGGGCAUGACCUCAACUUUAGACCAUAAGGUUUAUUGCAGACAAGCCCUUAUUGGAGGAAACUAUGCUCUCCUAAACACUACAACUUUCAUUCCUAAUCCAGAUUAUUAUGGUGCUCUUUUGUGGCAUCGCCUAAUGGGUAGCAAAGUACUUUCUACAAGUCACGAUGGUUCUGCAUAUUUGCGUGCUUAUUCGCAUUGUACAAAGAGUGGUGAGGAUAUUACUAUACUACUAAUCAACUUGUCAAACUCCACCACAUUUGAAGUUUCGGUCUUGAAUGACAUGAACUUGAACUUGUUCGCUGAGAAGAAGGACUAUGUACCACAACAGCAAAGAGAAGAGUACCAUUUGACCCCGGAAGGGGGUGACAUUCAGAGUGAUGUGUUGCUGCUAAAUGGGACACCAUUGAAGCUCACCAAUGAUUCGGACAUCCCAAAGAUGGGUCCGCAGCUUGCGGAUCCUACCACUCCUAUCCGAGUUUCACCGGAUUCUUUUGUCUAUGCGACUUUGAAAGGCUUUCAGGCCCCUGCCUGUGCUAAAUAAAGUAUAUAUGUUUAUUUUUCUUUUUCUUUUUUCUAUUAUGUUUUUUUUUUAUUAUUGGUAGUUAAGAAGUUUUUGUUUGUGUAGUUGAAGUUCUAGUAGACAUUUUAAUCAAUGAGAUUAUCUUUCUUUAUUUCAUGUUCCUCUUUCUUUUUCCCUCCCUUUUCUUUUCUUCACUUUUUUUUCUCCCUCUCAACAAUCUUGCCCCAAUAACAAUUGCCUAGAACACAAUUUCUGGAUGAGCUGUGUAUUAUGUUUUUGUCCUCUUCAUUAUUUUACAUGAUUUUUGGAUUCCUAACAAUAAGUUAACAAUGGUUAGGGUCGUUAAAAAUUUUGUUAUAUAUAUAACUAUAUAUUUUUUUAAACAAGUUUCUACCUUAAAUUUUGUUCAGAAUUGUAGUUGUCAAAAUUAUGGAUGAACUGAAUUUUGAAAGGGAGACAUUUCCCUAUCAACAUCCCUAACGCUGAGGCACAAGAAGAU